CUUGCCCAUCUUGCCCAUCUCAAAAUCCACCUUGGCAAAAUCCAGAUAUAUUCAAUGUUUUCCUGUGAGACAAGUCGAUUGGUUACAAUUCUACCUGUCCUGUCUCACCAAGAUACAUGCUGUAGUAUAGAAGCCAAGAAGCCAAGAAUAUCAUCAUCCCGUCUCUUUGUCUGCCGAUCAAUUACAUUGUACCUACCUUAAACCCACACAAACUGUCAACCCAAACCAUACUCUACAUACUAUCAUCAACAGACACUGUCGAGCUGUCGUCAACGGCUCUAGAACUUCUAUGACUGCAGAUCUCUUCCUAUGUGAUACUUUCGCAUGUGCAGCGUUGCAAAGUCGACAGCACACGAUACACGCGAUACAACGCAACCCCCAGGCUUUAGAUGAAAUCACUACCCUCCACCAUCACUUCUUCGACUCCUAGCACCGCAUAGACAACUCCGCUCUCUAUGUCGCACUUGACAUACUCUAUUUCGCCUAUAGAUAUUGGAUCUUCUAUACAAUACUAUCUCUAAUCCGACAUAUAAUCCGUCGCCUCGAUCUUUAAGUUAAUCGACUACCCAUUCGAUUCGGUUCGGUUCGGUUCGAAGCUUGCGACAAGCAACAUAAAUAAAAGAUGGAUACAGACGACGAUAGCGACUCUGGCAAUAUCUUCUCAACUUAUCCCUUCUCAUGGGUUUUAGUUCCCCUCAUCAUAUUUGUCGGUGGCGGAACACUGCUCAUGUGCUACCGUUAUCGCCGACGCAGAAAGCUACGUAUGCUAUACGGUACAAACGCUUUAGAACAAGACAUAGAAGCGAUGGGGCGGCGGCCAAGACAGAGGCCGCCAAAUGAGAGACGGGAAAGGGGAAAUAGGAGAGGGCUCGGCUUUGGGUUGGGUAGUAGGGAAGAAGGAUUGAACGAGUUGGGCGAAGCGCCACCGGCCUACACCGCACCGCAGAAACAACCCGAAGACACAGAAGGCGUGGAAUUGAGACCUAUACAACAACCACCGGGUACCACAACUACAGAGGGCGCUAGCACAAGCAGACCACCAGCUUAUGAUGACGUACAACGAGGAGCUGACCAGUCCGGAUCCCACCCCGCUGCGCCAACUUCAACUUCGAAUUUACCAGAACCGCCCCCGAGAGCGGUGUUGAGCUCAAAUUGAAUUAUAUGUUCCAAGUAAAAUAUGAUGGGACGGAAUAAUGUAUCUGCAUAUGGCAUAUGGCACAGGAGUUUGGGGGUAGCAUAUCGAUUGCCUGGGUAAUUAUGAAGUUUUAAUGGAGUCAUGAAGCCCGGGAUCAAAGAGGAUAUGUUGAACGGCGAUUCAACAUAUUGGUACUAGGUAUAUCAGGUCGCAUAGAGCAUCGACCUCUGUAUGGUAGAAGGAGUCAGCAUUGCACGGCAUCCAUUUGCCUCGGAUUGACAUUAGGUAUAUCAGGGGUAUUCCCUAUUCUCAAUGAAUUACCAAGUAUAUACGACGUCCACUUUAAAGGAAUAUUAACUUAGCUUUUAAGGCAUGUUCAUUCUUGUCUACACCACCUUGGUAUCUCUCUAUCAACAGUACCUAUAUAAUGCGCAACUUACCUACUGUUCUAAAAUCGUUCAAUAAUCGCC